UCUCGUAUGUGCCAAACAAUCAAUGCUAACAAAAUUAUUAUCAAGUUUUUAUUCCUGUAGUGCAGCAGUAACAGGCACCGAACCCUUGUCUAGAACCGCAGCUGUAGCUACCGCUGGGGCAACUACAGACAUGUUCUUUCAAGCAACGUUGGCAAGAACUUUUAUUUCGACUUUAAAACUUAGAGGGGACGAUGAUGUUGUUGACAGACUUAAUUAUUAUUAUACGCCAAUUAUGCUGGCAAUUGCUUGUUUGGUGGUUUCUGCUAAACAAUUUGGAGGUUCUCCUAUUGAAUGUUGGGUUAAUCCUCAUUCUAGAGAAAGUAUGGAAGAAUAUAUUGAGGCUUUUUGUUGGAUACAAAAUACUUAUUGGUAUUUUAGAAAUAAAAAUAAUUUUAAAAUUAUUUAAAGG